UGUGGACCAAUGUAAACGGUUUGUCCAUUUGAGAUGAACACCAAACGAUCAAGUAAGCCAAGGAUGCGAUAGCAGUCGCACGAACAAUGAUCUCGCCAGUAAGUAUUUCAUUCUUCACCUUCCCUUCGUUUCGUUGUGUUUGGGUGAUUCUGUUAGAGAGCGGCAGAAUAUGACUCGCUCACGAAGACUGAGCUCGGACGAGCGAUUCGACGUGUUCGAGUUUAACGAGGACGAUGUGCGGGUAGAGAAGGCGUCCGGUAAGAUCAUGAAGAAAUUCGGAAGCCCUAAAAAGAGGAAGCGCGAAACUUCUCCCAUAACCAAAUACAAGUUCCUCCAAUUCUUUGCUGAAGGGACUCAAAAUCAACAAAAGGAAAUUGGAAACAGAUUGGUUGAUGUUCCCAAGGAGCCAAUUUACAUUGAUGAUGAACCAGUUGAUGCUGACAAUGGGCCCACUGAUGUUGAUGUUGCAGGAAGUAUCACGACUCCGCAGAAUGAAACUAAUGAUGCUAUUUGGGGCAUUGUUCCUAGUGUUGGUGCUAUGAAAGACGAGAUUGAUGGGGGAGAUGUGCUUAUACUAUCAAGUUCCUCAAAUCAAGUGCAGAAUAAGCGCGUUAUAAUGAUUCAAGAUGAUGAUGACAGCAAUGAAAUGGAUUUCAAACCUACAUGUGCCUUUUCAUCUACAGAGUUUGAAGCAGAAGAACAUGUGCUGGAAUCUGGCUCGGGCGGAAAUCUAAUUGACUUCAGAAAUAUGACAGUGGCUGUUUCGCCUGGUUUCAUCGUAUAUGGGGGCAUAUUGUUUACAGAGGCACAGUUAACUUUUGCAAGGAGCUGCAUCAAAAUUGAUGGUACCAAUGUAAAUGGCAUGAAGGGAACAUUUAAAUUUGAGCAGAGCAUCGAUGAUAUUAUAAAUAUUGAAUCAGUAUGGCUUGCUAUUGUCAAGACCGCUUUUAUUCGCUUUAUUCUUAAAGCAAAGUAUUGUAAAGAAGCAGGAAAUGGAAAAGAGCCUUCAGGCAAGGAGUGGUUAACAUUUACUGUUUAUAAUCCUAAUUGGUUUGAAGUACAGGAAGCAAUCAAAUCAUUGGAUGUGAAAUACAAGAAUGCUUGGAAAGAGUUUUCUGAUGCUGAGUGGGAAAAGGAAGAAAUUUCUAUCCUGACGGGGGAGCCCAAAGAUAUCCUGUUAUUGUCAAAGAACUAUCAUCCCAAGUUCGAUGUGCCUUUUGAAGAGGUCAUUUAUCCAAAAGGCGAUCCUGAUGCUGUUUCAAUUAGUAAGAGAGACAUUGAGCUUCUUCAGCCGCAGACAUUCAUUAAUGAUACCAUCAUUGACUUCUAUAUUCACUAUUUGAAGAGCAAUAUUGAACAAAAGGAACAGCCUAGAUUUCACUUCUUCAAUAGUUUCUUCUUUCGCAAGCUUUCUGGACUAGACAAGGAUCCGUCUAGUGCUUGUGAAGGCAAGGAAGCAUUUGAGCGUGUUUGCAAAUGGACUGAGAAAGUGAAUCUUUUUGAAAAAGAUUACGUUUUCAUUCCUGUAAACUACAGUCUUCACUGGAGUUUGAUUGUUAUUUGUCACCCAGGUGAAGGGGCAAAUUUGAAAGAUGAUGAAAAUGGGAAGUCAACCAAGUUACCAUGCAUCUUGCAUAUGGAUUCUAUCAGAGGAAGUCACCGAUGCCUUAAGAGCCUUGUUCAGAGUUAUCUUUGCGAGGAGUGGAAAGCAAGGCAUAAGGAAAUGGAUGAUGAUGGAUUUUCAAGGUUUUUACAUCUACCAUUUGUUUCACCUGAGCUGCCUCAACAAAAAAAUUCAUUUGAUUGUGGCCUUUUUUUGCUUCACUAUGUGGAACUCUUUCUUCAGCAAGCUCUCAACUUCAGCUCAAUAACAGAAAUUGUGAAAUAUCUUAAUAAGGAAUGGUUUCCACCUGUGGAGGCUUCUCUGAAGCGGGUUCGUAUUCAGAAGCUUAUUCAUGAAAUUCUUGAAGAUUAUGCUUCAGAAGUUCCUUCGGUUGACUGCACUAGUGAGGGUCAGUCCCAAUCAGCUACCAUGAAUGAGCAAGAAUCUGAAGUUGAAAUUCUUCUGGACGUAUGCGAUACUCCAAAGACAUCUCCUGGUGAUUCAUCAAGUUCUAAUGCUCCGGGGGAAACUGCAAAACUUUCUUUUUGGUAAGUAUUUCUGCUGCAAAACGGUUCAGGGCAUAUUUGAGGAUCAGGUUCUUUUCAGAAGAAACUUGUUGAAAGAUUGGAAUUUGUAUUCACUUCUGUCAAUAACAUUAUUUUGUUAUGGAAUAUGGACAAAUGGUUACUUUUAGCUUUGUAACCAGAAAAUUUGUUAUAUAAUAAUAUAAGGGAAUAUUUGACA